AUGUGUACCACCGACGUUUACACCUACGUCUACCCCGACGGCCGGAGAGCUGAGCAACAGCAACCCACCUUGUGCUCUGCUUCCCGCAACGGCCGUCUUUGCGCCAACCCCGUCAUCUACAACCACCCGCCACGUUCAGUCGGCUACCCUUCACCAGUGCCCAUGUAUGCUCCUAUGCCGCCCUCUCCUCCCAUGAGCUCACCACGAGGGACUUCUUCGGGUAAUGAGGGUGGCCGCGCUCGUCGCGAAUCUUCCUCGAGCGAGAGAAAGCACCGCCAAUCCGGAGUAUACGUGAACGGCCAAAGGGUGCUGGACCUCAACCGCAAGCACAGGUCACGUAACGAGCGCAUCGUCAUUGUCGACUCUCCGCCCACCCCACGCACACCACCAAAGCAAUUCGCUUCGCCUUACACCGCGCCGCCUUCACCCAAUGCAGGCGGCGAGAACCCUCAGUUCCGCUAUAGCCACGUCCGUCGCGACUCUCUUCGCCCUGUCAUCGUUGAUGAACGCCCGCGGUCCAAGGUCGAGAUUGAGGUGAUCGACAACAAGCACCGCCGUCACCACUCUUCUGAAUCGCGCCACAGCCACGCCAGCGCCGACGAUGAGGAGCGCCGCCGCCGUCACCGAGAGCACAAAGAACGUGAAGAGCGCAAACGCCAGGAGGAGGAUCGCCAAGUUAAGAAGCAACUGCGUAUUGCCGAGCAAAACGCCAAGAUUGCCAGCCGCACCGCCGUCCCCGUCCCUCCCGCUCCUUUGAACCGCACUUCUACGGGCUACGGUUCCAGGUACCAGGAGGAUUUGUUGGCAGACGCUCUCCGCCGUAUGGAAGUCGUCGACCACCUCACGGCACGAGCUGAGGAUGAGGAAGAAGCUCAGCGCCGCCGACUGAAAGAGCGGAUGACGCCCCACCGCCGGGCUACCGUGGGGCCGGGUACCCGGAGGCACCGCGUUCUCUACGAUGAUGGUCUCUGGCGAUGGGAGUAA